ACACAGGGAGAGACAGAGAGAGACAGAGAGAGAGGGAGAGAGAACUACUUCAGGAGCUGUAGCCUACUUAACGCAAAGAAAAAGAUACUGAAGCGAAUUGAGCCUUUUGCUUUGAGUGUACACAGCUUUCCACAGUCUCACCGAGACGACAAAAAGAAAAGGGAACACCGAGGGAGAGAAAAACAUACAAGACUUGGCUGAUGCAUCUCUCCGAGAGCAUCCAUUUCACGGCGAUUACAGUUUGAAGCGGAGGAGACGGUGCGCAUUUCUCUGAAAAACACGGCGCUUUUCUCUCCUCCGAAGUCAGUUUCCUAGAGCGGCUCGCGGGCGGAGAGACACUUUUUUUCUUUCUCUCCUGCGUUUAUCGACACGCACAGUUAUUUCAUAACAAGCCUGUUUACUUGGAGCAAAACCAGGUCGUCCACAGUUCCAGCAAGGCGACACAGCAUCUUGAUUGUGGAGUGGAAUUUGCGAUCGAGACGCAAACGGAAUAUCCAACGGUUUCAAGUUUUCCUGGAAGUUGCGCAGUGACAGAAAAUCAUGGGAAUUUGUGGCUAUUUGGCGGUGCCUGGGAAAUGCCUUGUCGUCCUCGGACUUAAAUUGUUAUUCCUUGUACCUGCAGGAGUUCCAGCCCGAAGCGGGGAUUCUGUAUUAAAGGACAACAUCACCGUCAGACAGGGGGACAGCGCCGUCUUAAAAUGCAAUGUGGACAGCAAAGUAUCACGAGUGGCGUGGCUCAAUCGCACCACCAUUCUCUUCGCAGGAAGUGAGAAGUGGUCCCUUGACCCUCGCGUCAUCCUGAUGGAAAACACAGCUGUCACAGAGUACAGCAUCAAGAUCCAAAAUGUUGACGUCCAUGAUGAAGGGCCCUAUGUCUGCUCUAUCCUCACAAACAAGAAACCAAAAUCCACAAAAGUGCAUCUCAUCGUUCAAGUACCCGCCAGGAUCACUAACAUAUCAAAGGAUGUCACGGUGAACGAGGGCAGCAACGUCAAUCUAAUGUGUCUGGCUGUUGGUCGUCCUGAGGCCAAUAUCAUCUGGAAGCAUCAUUCGGCAAGAGGCACUCAUAAAUUUGUGACGGAAUCGGAACAUCUGGUGCUGACAGCCAUUACUAAAGAGCAGUCAGGAUCGUAUGAAUGCAUUGCUUCUAAUGACAUCUCAGACUCUGAUCGCAGGACAGUGCAAGUCACAGUCAACUACCCUCCCUUCAUUUCUAAAGCGAGGAGUACGGGAACUGCAGUUGGACAAAAAGGAGUCCUGCAAUGCGAAGCCUCUGCCGUCCCGAGGGCAGAUUUUGAGUGGUACAAAGAAGACCGCAGGCUCUUCAAUGGUCUUAAUGGGGUUAAGAUAGAGAAUCAAGGCAGACAGUCAAUGCUUGUCUUUUUCAACGUCUCAGAAGAAGACUAUGGGAACUACACUUGUGUUGCCAUGAACAACAUGGGAAUCACUAAUGCCAGCAUAAUCCUUUACGGUCCCGGUGCGAUGCACGAUGUGAAUGGGGCCGCUGUGUUGCCCCGUUGCUCCGUAUGCCUCCUGCUGACUGUAACCUUACUGUACUUGAUGAAGUUCUGAUGUGAAAUGUGACAACCUCCAAGCUUCUCUCAGCAUUGAGCAGCAAGAACAGACUAUUAGUCCUUUAAGAAGAAUGGAAAUUUAAGAGUGCCAGUGGUUCACCCUUAGUUUUCUUUCUUUUUCUUUCUGGCUUUGCAUCAGAGUCUGUUCUCUGUUGGCUCGCCAAGAGUGAGCGGUGUCAAUCCGAGGAAGGGAAAAAUUUGAAUCAUGCACUAAUUUGAUGAUGGUAGAACUACCGAGUUUGUGUCUCCCCAAACCUUUUUGUAUGUGAAAAGGGAAAAAGAAGAAAAAUACAUGUAACUUGUUGAUAGUUGACUGUUUAUUGCCCAAUAUUGAAGUGUACAUUCAGAUUAUUAUUAUUGUGUCAUGUCCUGUUCAAUAUCUGUACAAUACCAUUAAGCUUUUUUAAGUAAACGACAAAAAAGGAAAAAAUGCAAUGUGAUUGUUGAAUUUUACUGUAUUUUUACAGUUGUAUGCAAAUCUGAGUAAAAGAUCCUUCAUGAUAAACAGUUCAGAAUAAUAAAUAGUACACCAUGAUUUCUCAGGCAAAGUCCUACUGCAUAGUGCAUCCAAAUUUUUAUUUCCUUCGUAGUGUGUGUAGAAAAUGUACAAAUGUGUACAGACAAUUCCUGCACUGUAUUUUUUUUAUUUAUUUUUUUUCAAAAUGCAUACAAUUAUCAGAUGAAACACCUAAUCACAGCGUCAUAGCAGCUUCACGGCAUAUUCACACUAGGCACUGAAAAUCUGAAAUUUGAUUGUUUAUGUGAAGUGUCAUUUAGGACAGACGUGUUGCUCAGUGUGCCACUUUGUUCUCUAAAGUGACAGGUUGAAUGAAAUGAUCAGAGAUGUAACUUGCUAAACAGGUAGUUAUUAAAACAUCAGGUUAGUGGGGGGUCUAAUUAGCAACAUGGCGCUGAUCAGACAUCUCACUCAGUGCAGCUGUUAAGUUGGGCAACUAAAUUUAAUUUGUAAAAUAAAAUUUUCUAACCCCCUGUUACGUUAGAUUUGGCUUUUAAAAUCUUGUUUUAAAGUUGCAACUAGUAUAAUUUACACAAACAUAUUUAAUAAAUAGCCUUUAAAUUUCUCAGGCAGCCACAGUGGUUCUCAGGUUCCCUUGGUUGACCAGUGGGCUUUUAUGCAAUUGAGGCUUUUUAUUUGGAUUCACAGAGCGAAACGAGUCAUCACAAAUCAUGUGUUUAUAUUUCUGUUCAUCUACAAUUGGAAAAUAGUACUUACUAAAUCUUGUUUUGUUUUUUUAUUGUUCUUGAAUAUCUCUGAAAAUGCACACAGACACUCAUACCUUUUUUCCACCAAACUAGCUCUGGUUCUGAAACCAGCUCAGUUCAGGAUUCUUGGAACCUUGGUGCUAUUUAGUGAACUGGCCCAUGUUCCCUCCAGUUUUUAGCGGAACUAUUACAACCAAGGAUGUGUCAUCAAUGGAGGGUGUUGCAUAAUGUAUAAUGGAAGUAAAUGGGUUAGGGUUAGGAUGGCGGAUCAUGCUGAUUACCUGUGAGCUUUUGUUCUGUUAUUACAUAUAUUUGUUUUUCUCCAAAAAACAAGCACUGACAAAGUACUAAUGAUAAGAACACUAUUACGUGCAAGACUCCAUCCUCUCUUUCCAAUUUGUAGAACAUGCUCACUAAUAUCAUUACAGUUUGAACUGCAAGUCACUAAAAACCUGCUCUUUUUUUUUGGUUCUAGCAGGAAACCAAAUUGUCAUGUUCCGAACCAGUCUGUACUUUGGUCCAAAUGCUCUAUACAGUUCAAAUUAGUGGAACAAACUGGAAUGGAUCUGGUUCCAUGUUGGUGGAGAAUGGGUAUAAGGCCCUGAUCACACAGAAAGCAUUUUAGCAUCUGGAGGCGGCUUUUGUAAUUGUUGAGAAUAAAGGUAUUGCUCGCUGUUUUUGCAUUGCUAAGUGUUUCUGCGCCCUAGGUGCCUGGCGUUUUUGCCAGAGCGCUCUGAACUCCUCAAGCUGAAAAACCUUGAACUCAGAGCUAAAAAGUGCCCUAGGUCAUCUCCACUUUUUUUGCCAUUUUCCAAUUGGAUGAUUUAAGAGGCGGGCCUUCUGGGGUGGUCACGACAACAAGUUUACAGUUGGUAAACAGUUGAGGAGAAACUGGUGGCAGCGGUUGCUGAAUGCCCAGAGCUAUACAACUUUACACAUUGCUGUUCCCACCAUCUCAAUAGAAAACAGCAGGCUAGAAGCAUUUAAAUGUAAUACUUGAAACAGCCAUCAUCGAGGAGAAGCUCCUGGACCAACAGGUGGUACUCCCUGUGAUCCACCCUCUUCUUAGGGUGUCAUGUACCCAUACAUUUUAGUCCAUUUACUAAAGGCAUUCAAUUAAAACAUAAAUAAAUACAUGAAGGCAGUGUGGUGCGCCUCACGUUUUGCAACCUGUAAAAUGCUUUCUGUGUGAUUGGGGCCUAAGGGAAAAAGUGAGAACAAAUAGAGCAACCUAAAGGACCAUGCUAGUGUUUUUGAAAGUUUGAUCUUUUUUCCUACAAACAUACCAGAGUUUUAGGUUUUUAAAUUUGUAUUUUUGUUUUCAUAUGUGAUUGAUAUCAAAAGUAAAUGCAGUGACUGGGAAUUUGCAUUACUCAUUAAACAACACAUCUGCUUUUAUUGUUGUUGAAGAUGAGUUAUCUGUGUGGUAAUGCAAAUCAAAAGUUUGCCUUACAGUACAUCAGUGGUUCUCAACCUCUUUUGUGUCAAGGACCCCUAAAUUGAUACACAUAGGUCGCGGACCCGGAUUAGAUAAUGUUUUGCUUCAGGAACAUCCAUCUGAAUUUUUUUUUUUUUUUUUUAAGAUUUUUUUUGGAGCCUUUUGCCUUUAAUGGA